CUCUCUCUCUCUAUCUGAGAGAGCUCAUUUCGAAGGACUUCGAGGUUCGUUGACACGAUUUCAAGGCUGGCAUUCCAAAGGCCAUUUCCCGAGCUACGAAUCCCUGAAACAGAUAUCGCAAAAAAAACAGCUGCACCGAUGCUCGAUUAGCAGCUAUGCACACACGGGGAUCAUCGCGCUUGGAUUGAGCAGCUGGAAGAUAAGAGAUACGCGAACGCUGAAUUACCGAACAGGCAGUGGAGCAUCGAAUUGAUAAGAGAUCGCUGGUGGUAGAUGAAUGUUGACCUUUGGAUGCGGCAGAGAGCAGUGAUGUAAGCGUGCUGCGACCGUUUAUAAAUUGUGGGACCGAUCGAUUUGCGACACAACCUGCUGCGAUGUUGGCGAUCGCUGCGUUACUUGGCCUGUUCUCGGCGACAGUGGUGGUCCAUGCCGACCACAACAAUCCAAAUUAUGUGUCCGACCACGACGGCAUGGUGCACCUCUUCGAGUGGAAAUGGAAGGAUAUUGCCACGGAGUGCGAGACCUUCCUUGGACCGAUGGGAUUCGGCGGUGUUCAGGUUUCGCCGCUCCAAGAGAACGUGGUGAUCGUAAACAGGCCGUGGUGGGAACGCUACCAGCCGAUCUCCUACAAAUGGGGAACAAGGUCUGGUAACAAGGAAGAGUUCAUCGACAUGGUAGCCAGGUGCAACAAGGUCGGCGUCCGAAUUUACGUGGACGCUGUCGUGAACCACAUGUGCGGCGACCAUCCGAACGCAGUGGGCACCGACGGCUCCCGAGCGGACACCUACACCCGCGAUUACUACGACGUCCCAUACACCAGAAAGGAUUUCCACCCUACUUGCGCGAUCACUAACUAUAACGACGCGUCGAACGUGCGUAAUUGCGAGCUGGUCGGCCUCCACGAUUUGAACCAGGGAACCGAAUACGUCAGGGGCAAAAUUGUCGACUUCAUGAACGAGGCGAUCGACGCUGGCGUUGCUGGUUUCCGUAUGGACGCUGCGAAACACAUGUGGCCGAACGACUUGAAGGUCAUAUACUCGAGAUUGCACGAACUGAACCAACAGCACGGCUUUGCCCCGGGAAGCAAAGCGUUCAUCUACCAAGAAGUGAUCGAUUACGGCGGCUACGAAGCGGUUUCGAAAUACCAAUACGACGAAAUCGGCGCGGUCACCGAAUUCAAACACGGUCAAGAGCUGAGCAACUCGUUCAGGGGCAACAACAUGUUGAAAUGGUUCGUCAACUGGGGAGAAAAAUGGGGUCUUCUGCCGUCGAACGUUGCCUUGGUCUUCGUCGACAACCACGACACUCAGCGUUCGAACAAUGCUCCGCUCACCUACAAGUCACCGAAAUUAUACAAGAUGGCGGUGGCUUUCAUGUUGGCCCAUCACUACGGGAUCCCGAGGGUGAUGAGCUCGUUCGAUUUCAACGAUUUCGACAUGGGACCGCCCCAGGACGGCCAGCAGCACAUCGUCUCUCCCGUGAUUCGCGACAACAUCUGCAGCAACGGCUGGGUCUGCGAGCACCGUUGGAGGCAGAUUUACAACAUGAUUCGUUUCCGUAACGCUGUUAAAGGCACCGGCGUUAAUAACUGGUGGGACAACGGCAGCAACCAGAUCGCCUUCUGCCGAGGAAACGCCGGCUUCGUCGCGUUCAACGGCGAUCAAGGCGACCUGAGGCAGACCCUGAGGAGCUGCAUGCCCGCCGGCAGAUACUGCGACGUGAUUUCCGGUAACCUGGAGAACGGACGGUGCACCGGAAAAGUCGUCACCGUGCAGCCCGAUGGCAACAUGUACGUCGAGAUCUUGAAGAACGAGGAGGACGGAGUGCUCGCCAUCCACAGAAACGCGAAACUGAAUUAAUGGAGGAUAACAAUGAGAAGUCAUAACCUUGAACACAAACAGGGGAUGCUUGAGGAAUACACUCCAUUGGUGAAAUAACUUUAGGACAAUGAGAUAUAACCGAUAUAUUGAAAUGAAUUAAUCGCCUCCGGAGAAUUCUAAGUAUUGUCACAAAACUCUAAACAAAUUCUAUGGAACGAGAUGUGAAUUGUUUUUAAUUCGCGUGUGUAAUUCCUCGUGGACUUUCCAAAUAAAUUCGAGGUAUAUGAUGAACGA